CGGAAAUCAUUCAUUGGAUCAGUACGGUACGUGUAGCUAGUGUCCGCGAGGAAUGUAUAGGGCUUUGCUCAUGUGCGGCCAGCCGUCAGUCUGGUUGAGGCCGAUCUGGACGACGAACCAUCUCCAUCAGCGAAGUGCACCAACUGACUGAUGGGAAUGCAGCAGCCUCGAGAUCGGCAUCAACACAGCACAGGCGGAAGAGGCACCCAAGAGCACAGCACCCCCAGCUUUGUCAGUGACUGAAAAACGCGGCAGCCCAUGCAGCCCCUCGUCUGUCUCAUCUCAUGUCACUCACACAACUAACUGCACACACGGCCCAUAAAUCGUCACGUCAUCCAUCGGCUGGCUGGCCGGCCCCUUCCUUCCACUCCCUCCCUCGACAACCAAAAAGCUAUCGAUAGCCAGAUGAACGAAGAGAUAUCAAUAAUCAAGUCGCGCACACGUCACGUAGUCUGUCUGCAGAGGCAGGCCAGGCCAGCAUGGCUGGGGCUGACCCACACAGAUAUCUGUCUGCAUGACAUGCUGUUCCCUCCCUCCCUCCCUCUCAUUGAUAUAUGGCAGUCAGUCAGCACUUGUCGUCGUGAUACAUCCAGUUGUGCUGCUGACCGCCAGCCUUCAAAUCAGCAUCUGACGGACAGACAACACACGGACAGCGAACCUCCCACGGGCAAUCAAUCAUCCUGCCUCCCUCCCUCUCCUCCCCUCCCCUACUGGCUGGCUGGCUUACGUGAUGCGUUGUCGAGUGGGAGUUUCUUUUCCUUGGCGCUGGAGAGCAUGCUGAGGAUAGAGAGUGCGACGGAUGCGACGGUGAGUGUGGGUUUCCAGUCGGUGCCCAGUAGGUUGAGGCAGAUGUCGCCGUUGGAGUAGACGUGGGGGUGGCGGGGGGUGGGCUGCAGGAAGUAGAUUAUUGGCGGCUUCAGGGGGUACUCGGGCGGAAACACUAUCUUCAACCGGUACUUCUCACCUUUACACACACAGACAGACACACGGACAGAAGGAGUGAAAGGGAGAAGGCUUGUAAGUUCUCUGGGUGUGGUGUGGUGUGUGGUGUGCACUAUGUAUGGUUGACCCACCCACCUUCAUAGAGUGUCCCCUCCACCCCCGUGAGUGUGAUGAUCCACACGCGUAUGUUGCUGCCGACGGCUAUCUCGCAGUGGUCCGGAGGAGUCGUCAAGAAAUCCUUCAACUCCUGCACCGCAUGCAUCAUCAACACCCCCAUUGUAUGUCUGUGCGUCUGUCUGACCUUUUGUAUCCUGUAGUUGACGUGUCCCGGCCUGAAGCUCCGCCGCAGAUGGUCCUUGGCCGCACCACGAACCGAUGACCGCCGCUUGGCCGCCGAAGACGGCACGUUGGCGACUCGAAGGGCGGCGGCAUUCAGUAACCUCGACGACCGAUCCUCGGUCUGCAGCCCACACGCGAGGGCGAUAAGUGAGCAGAAGGCUGUGACAAGCAUCCUCAGCCACGGGGACAGCCGCAGAGGUGAGUGGAAUGAUGACGUCGCAGACGUCGUCAGCAUCUUGAUUGAUCGAUUGGCUCUGAAUCAAACAGCACAGCCGAAUGGGAAGCCUCU